AUGCUUGCAAAAAUUAGAUCUUCAUAAUCUAAUUAGGAUGAACAGCUUAAUUAUUUAAACUUUCCUAUGAUCAGCUUAUAAAGUAAAUAAGCUGUUGGAAGUUUUUCAAAAUAUUCAGUUCUGAAUAAUAUUCAAAAUUUAGGGAAUAGACAGAAACAAGAUUCCCAUAGCUACUUAAUAUAUAUGGCAAAAUAAGUAAAAACUUUAGAGCUUAGGAUAGCAUAUUAUGCUGACUUUCUAAUAGAACUCAAAAGAAUUGAUCAUUAUUUUAUUGUUUAAAGUUGCUCGAAUACUUAUUUUGAAGCCUAAUUUAGUAUAAACACCUUAAAUUAUGAGGGAAAAUGGUGUUUUUAGUAUUUGUACUUUAAGGAUGAAACAGAAUUAAUAAUUGGGUUAGAUUGUGGUGAUUAAAAUUAAUUCAAAAGUUAUUAAAGUGAUAUAGAUUGCUUUUAAGACCUAAUAUAUAUUAAUGGAUAGAGUAUUUAAGUAUUUUAUUAAUUUAUAAUAGAUUUUGAAUUAGGAAUAUUAAUCAAAUUUAAAUCUAAUUAAUUUUCCAGGAUAGGUGAAGAUAUUUUAACUAUAAAACUUUAUGCUUUUAACUGAAUAUAAAAAAGAGUUUUUGAAUGGCAUUAGUUAAAAAUUAAUAGUUAAUCCAUUGAUUAAUUAUUUAUAAUUCUCUUCGGAAAAUAUUGCGAAUUAUGUUAAUUAACUAAGUUUUAGUAAUAGUUAUGAUAUUCAAUUCUGGUCAAAAAUAAACAUUAAAGAGAUUAAUUAAAAAUAAAUUUGUAUACUUUAAAUAAAACCUUAUGUUGUUAAAUUUAGUCUAGACUUAAAGAUAUUUUAAUUAAGUUUUAUAAAAUAAUAAGAAUAAUGGUCUUACAUUAUUGAAUAUUAUUCAUAUAGCUACCCUUAUAUAAAAGACAUAGAUUUAAUAAACGAAUUAAAAAAAAGUUUCUCUUAAGAUAUUGAAGAGGAAGUGAUCACUUAAUGGCAUUUUGUAUAAAUUAAAUAUGUAUUGGAUACUCUUCAAUUUUAAUUAAAUAGUUUUAUAAAAAAUAAAAAAUAUGAGUUGAAAUUUGAAUAGAUUUAUUAAUUUACAGAUAUAAUAAUAGCCUUUUAAUUUGGAGAGAAUGAUAACAACAGAAUAGAGGGAGAAGUAGCUUAAUUUAACUAUUACAAUUAUGUCAAUCUAACCAGUGAAUAAGAUGAUGAAGAAUAACAAAAAGUUUGUCAUUAUUCUUGUUUAAAUUGUUGGGGCCCUUUUUAUAACCACUGUUUAUCUUGUUUGGAAUCAAAUAAUCGGAUAUUUGAUUAAUAAGCUAAUACUUGCAGAUGUAAAUUAUGGUAUUUAGAGGAAAAACAAGCCAAAUGUUAUGGAUUAGAAGAUAUUGAAUUUAUUAAGGAGACCUUUGAGUAUUUAUCUAAAGAUGAUAGAUAUGAAUCUGAAGAUUAAGAUAUAAUAUGUGCGUUUGGGUAUUUUCAAUUAAAUGGCAUUUGCAUGUAAUGGUAUUUAUUUUUCAUUAAAAAUAGUCCUUCAGCUACUUAAAAGGGAAUGAUUAAUUGUAUAGAAUGUUUAGUAAAUCCUUAAUAAUGGCUAAAGAAUGGAACCUGUGACAGUUACUAUUAACAAUAGAUUGGAUCUUUAAAUAAUGUAUAUUAAGAAAAGCUUGAAAGAUCAAAAUUUUUAGGACAGUAUUUUGUUGUUAAUGAAGAAGUGGUUGCUUGUGAUGGAUGCUUAAUUUGCGAAAGUCAGGAUGAGUAUGGUUGUUUUUUAUAUGGAGACAAACAUUUAGAUUAAGAUGUAUAUAUUUUUUGCUACCCAUCUGGUGAGUUCUAAAUGGAUGUGAAAAAAUGUCUUGAUUAUGAUAGGAGAACAAAUAAUAAUCUAGUAUUCUAAUGUCAUAAAUAUUGUGGUUAUUGUUUGUUUCGAAAAUGCUAAUUUUGUAAAGAUCCUUCGAAAUAUUUUAUGGAUAUUUUUGGAAUUUGUAGAUUAUGUGAUAUUAAAAAUUGCAAAUACUGUUUUUAAUAUAAUUUAUUGGACAAAAAUUAAGUUUCUCCUUUGAAAGAUGAAAUUUCAUAAAAUGAAGAAGACUACGUUAUCGCUUGCUCAUUAUGUUUUUCAGGAUAUAUUUUCGAUUUUUCAAUUAAUCAAUGUAUAGAAUAUAUUGCAGAUAAUUAUUGCAUUGAUGGUUUUAUUAUAGAAGACUAGUUUAUCUGUACUAAAACUCUCUUAUCUAAAUCAGAAAUAUCAAAUAAUAUAGCAAUUGAGUUUAGUAAUUGUUAACAAUACUAUUCUAGUUGUUCUAAAUGCUUCUAAGACUUUUUUGGAAUGAUCACAUGCACAGAAUGUGAGUAUGGUUAUUAUCUUAAUUUUUUGAAUGGCAUUUGCUAUUCGUGUUCAGCUAAAUUCAACAAUUCAAAAAUAUGCGAAAUGAAAACUUCCUUGAAUGAUGAUUGGAAAAAUUAAGUUCAUAGCUUUUAUGCAAAUUUUAAACCCAAUAAGAUUCCAAUUCUUAGAUAAGGGUAUUAUUCUUUCGAAUUUUAUGAAAUUUUGAAAUGCGAAGAUGGCUAUGAAACAGAAGCUUUCGUUUGUUUAAAACUCAAAAAUAAAGAUUGUCUUGAACAUGAUGGAAGAGCGAGUGAUUGUAAAGUUUGCAAAAAUAGUUUUGAUGAUCUUCCAGUUCUAUCUUAUUUUGAUUAUCAAUGUUAACCAUGCCCUUAUCCUUGUUAAGUAUGUUAAAAAAUGUCUUUAGAUUCAGUAUCAGAAAUUAAUCCAUAUUUUAUUGUAAAUGAACAAUCCAUUAAUCAGACUCAUUUUUGUCUUUUGAAUUUUAAUGAAAAUUAAACAUUUAUUGAAACUCAAACAGGAUAAAUUAGAGGUAGGGAUUUAGCUUAAAGAAGAUAUUUUAUAAAAUUGGAGCAUUUAAAUUUUCCAUCUCUUCAAAAUCCCGUUAAAAAAUUUGAUUUUUCUUCGUUGAAUUUGUUAAAAAGAAUUAAGCCUGCAGUUUUUAUAUAAAAACAUAAUAGUAAAACUGAUUCGGCAUCCUUUAAUAUAAGGGAAUAAAUAUUUUCCUUGAAAAAUUCAACUUAUAUAUAUGAUGGAUACAAUGACAGCCAACAUGAAAAAUAAUUUGUAAUAGUGAAUUAAUCCACUGUCAAUUUAAGAAAUAUUAAUAUUUUUCAUUCAUCAAAUAGUUUUUAUUUACAUACAAAAUUUGGCUUAUCUAUAUUUAUAAGAAACAUUUCAAUCUCAAAUUUAAAUUUAGAAAAAACUAUUUUUUUAAUUUCAUAAGCAACUAGUAUUUAUAUUCAUACAAUUCUUUUGUUGAAUUUGAGGCUAAUAAAUUAACCUCUAUUUUUCAUCCAACAUUAUCCAAAUCAAUCAAAACAUAAAUUUUAUAUACAUAUAGAAAAUAUUGUAAUUUUUGAAAGUAGCUUUAUAAAUACUACAAUUUUUUAAUUUUUUUUAGAAAGUGAAUUAAACUUUUCAUACAUAGAUAUAAAUUCUAUAAACGUAGUAAAUACCUAGUUUGAAAAUGCUUCUAUACUAGAUAUCAAUUCAAAAAUUUUUAAUACUUCUUAUUCAGCAGGAAAAAUUUUAUAUAAGAAUUCUAAAUUAAUUAAUAGUGCUUUAUUUAGAAUUUCUACCUAAAAUGUUGUAUUCAUUUAGAAUUUAGAUAUUUCUUAAUGUUAAUUUUCUGAUAGCAUUAUAAUAUCAUAAAUCUCCUCAUUUGUUAUAAAAAAUAUCACUAUAUUUUAAAGUUCUUUUAUAAAUAGCAGCUUGAUUGUAUUUACCUAAUUAUUUUAAUAAAAUGGAUGCAAUCAUUUUAUUUACAACCUAACAUUAGAUACUUUAAACUUCUGUGAAUCUACUUUGAUUUCUAUUAAAAAUGAAAAAGAUUUAUCAGGAUAAAUAAAAAUGUAAAACUUAAAGAUUUAAAACAUAUCAUCUUCUUGUUAAAAUUCUUGUAGUUCUAGUAAGUGUAUUUUUUCAAUAAGCAGUUAUUAGAUUUUGAUUGAAAAUGUUUUAAUAAACAAUAGAAAUAGAUUUUGGUAUUUUUGCCUUUAAAAGUUAACAUACACAAAUUUUAAUAAUUUUUCAAUUUAAGAAGAUAACCUGUUCUCUCAUUAAUAAUUAUUAGAGAAAAUUUAGUUGCUUAAAAAAACCUUAAAUCAAGAAUUAGAAGGCUGUGGAGUUAUUUUUGUUCAAGAUUUUAUAAAUGUUUAAAUGAACAAUUUGCAAUUUUAGAAUCAAUUUAUUUUAAAUUCUGCGUUAAUAUUAGUGGUAUCAAAAGGCAGAGCAUUAAAUUAAUAAAAAAUUAUAAUUAACUCUUUAUCGCUUCUAAAUAACUAUUUAAUUAAAUCAGAAAGCACUUAAUUUACGAGUUUAAUUUAUAUAAAUUCUGAGUAUUUUUGUGAGACUAUGAUUAAUUAAUCCACUUUUUAGAAUAAUUUGAUUAUUCAUUUAUUAGAAGAUUAUUCAUUUAUUUCCCCUGGACUUAUUUAUGUUAAAAUUUAUUAAUCAAAUGUCUACUUGUAUAAAAACAUCUUUCAUGAAAAUACAAUUUUGAACACAUCAAAUUCUUUAAUCUUUUUGAAUUCUUAUUAAGUAAAUAUUAAAGAAUUCAAAGUCUCAAAUAUAAACUAAAAUCAACAAUUUUAAGAUAUAUCUUGUAAAUCUGUAGGUGGAUUAAUAUUUUCAAAAACAGAAUUUUUUUUUAUGGAUAAUUCAGUUUUUGAAAAUACAUUUGCUUAUUAAGCAUCAUGCUUUUUUUUGGAAUUGAACAAGCUAGGGAUUGUUAAGUUGAAUAAUAUUGUUUUUGAAAAUGCAAAAAGUUGGUCUCAAUAUUCAGAAAACGCAGUUGGAGGAUGCUUAGGUAUAAAUUCUAUGAAUUCAAAUUUAAAUUUAAAUUUAAAUAAAAUCAAAGUCAAAAAUUGUAUAAGUAAAGAUUCAAGCGGAUUUUUAUAUAUGAUUCCAUCUAAAAUAAACAAUUAAAUUAAUUUCAAUGAUAUUCAAUUUAUUAAUGUGUUCUCCAUGAGUAAAUUAAUAUUUGAUUUUGAUUUUUAAUCAACCAAUCAGAAUAAUAAUGUAAAACUUUAGAAUAUAAUUAUAAUACUAGAUGAGAUUUAUUAUUAUGAGAGUUUUAGUGGAAUUAUUAAAUAGUUCAACUAAAUUCAAAAUAGCAUUAUGUUAAUUUUUAAUAGGUAAAAAAAUCAAAUAAUUUUAGUUAUAUUUAAAUAAAUAAUCUAUAUUUUGAAGGGAUUUCUCCUGAAUCACUGUUAGUUCUUCAAUUUUCUAAUUCAAUUUCAUUAAGAAACCUUCACUUAAAUUAAAUAAAUUCAUUAGGAAAUAAUCUAAUAUCAAUAUCAAAUAAGGAAACACUGCUUUCUGAAACUUUAUAAAAAAAGAUAUUCUUAAAUAUAGUUAUAACAAACUUAACUAUAAUUAAAUCUUAAUUUACAGAGAAUAGAAUGAGCAACAAUCGUAUAUAAUCUUUGUUAAGCAUAAUAAUUUAAAAAAUACAUUCAAAGUAGAAAAUAUAAAUAUUGUUGGCAAAUAUAAAAUUAACAGAAAAUUUAUGUUAAAAUUGCUAAAAUGGUUUGAUAUAUUUAAAAUUAGAUUAAAAUGUAUAAAAAUGUAAACUAAAAGAAUUUUUUCUAUACAAAAACAAUUGUGGAUAAUCUGGGUGUUUAUUUGUAGAUUAAAGUAUAUUAGUUGAAUUGGUUGACAGUAUGUUCAUUUCGAAUAUUAAUAAUAGAAAUGGAGUAACUAAUUUAUAAAUAAAUAAUUUUAUUGGGAAAAAUCUUUUUUAUUUAAGUAAUAUUGGUAUAUUUGGCGGAGGUCUAAGUUAUAAAUCUAUUAAUGAAUUAAGCAAUUUGAAAAAAAUUUUUUUUAUAAAUAAUUCUGCAGAUGUUGGAGGAGCAAUAUACAUAGAAGAUACUAGAGUAUCACCUAACUCAUUAUCAUAAAUACUCUUUUUUGAAAAUUAAGCCAAAGAUCUAACUUAAAAUGUUAGAGAAUAACCUAGUCAUUUAUAAUUGUCAGUGUUUGGAAAGAAUAUCAUGACUAUUCGGGAUUUAAAUUUAGGUAGGCCAAAUUUUACAAAGUAUAAUACUGAAAAUUUUAUUUAUAUUCCAAGUGGAUAAAAGAUCGGAAAUUAUGAAUAAUCCUUAUCAAAUAAAGAAAUUUUUAAUUAAAUCUAUAAUUUAAAACUUUAGAUUUUACCCAUUAAUACUUUAGGUGAAAUUUAAAUUAAUUAACUUGAUUCAGAAUGCAUACUUGAUUUAUCAGAAUAUGUUAAUUACAAAAAUACAAUCAUAACUAAAGCUGACUAAUAAAUUUAAAGAAUUUCUUAUAAUAAUAACAGCCAAUCCUAUGAUUUAGAAAAUCAAACUAUAGUUCUAGAUCCUUAUUCAUAAGAAAUUAAAUUUUUACGAUUUAAAUUUAUGUGUAAUAGUAUAAAAAAUUAAAAUUAUACUUUCUAAUUUAACACAAAAAGUUUUGCUUGCAAAAUGGGGGAAUAUUAUUUUGAUUCUCAGUGUUUGUUGUGUGAUUAUAAGAAGGGCUUUUAUUCUGUGGAAUUUAAAGCAUAAAAUUGUCAGAAAGUAGAUCCAAAAAUCAUUAAAUCUAAUACAAUAAAUAAUAUCGAAUUAUAUCCUGGAUAUUGGAGACCAAAUAUCAGAAGCCAUUAUAUUUCUAAAUGUUUGAAAAACAUUAAAAAUUGUUAAGGAGGAUGGAAAACUGGAGACGAUUUAUGUAAAGAAGGAUCUGUUGGGGCUUUAUGUGAAGAAUGUGAUAUUUAUAAUUUUAGAGGUUUUGGUUAAUUUUUUAAAAAUCAGAAUUAUUAAUGUAUACUUUGUGAUGAAUAAGUUGGAAAAUUUAUAUAUAGUCUUUUCAUAAAUAUAAUGUAAAUAAUUGAUUAAUUUUUAGAGCAAUUAUUUCAAUAUAUUUGACUGUCAUCAGUGUAAAUAGUAUCUUUAAAAGUUUUAAAUUACUUAGAAAUACAACAAAAUAUUACAAAAUCAUAUUUUAUAGUAAUUUAGGUAAUUUAAAUUUAAAUUUCUUUAGAUUAAUCUGCAGCACUUAUUAAAAUGAUAGUUAACUAUUGUUAAAUAAUAGUUAGUAUUAAAUCAUUCUAAUCAGAUUUGUACUUCAAUAUUGCAGAUAUUUUAUUACCAAUAAGUAAUCCUAUAGGAAGCUCGACCUUUUCCUAUGAUUGUUAUUUCGCCACACAAUAAGAAAUGUAAAUAAUCUAUCUAACUUAAAUAAUGUAUUUAAUGUUACCAGCUUUAUACUAUUUAGUCUUUUUAACUAGCUAUUUAAUUUUAGUUUUUAAUCAAAAGAUGAUAUUCACUUCAACAAUAUAUUUUACAGCCUUAAUCUAUUUAUUUUUUUACACAUAACCUAACAUAAUAUAAUAAUUUGGAGGAUUAAUUGCUAUGAGAACUAUAUCGAAGAUAGAUUAUAUCAACAUAAAUACUUAGUAUUUAUAUCAUACUUAGGAACAUUUAAAUUGGAUUAAAUUUUUUAUUGGUCCUGUUUUAUUUAUUUUUGGAAGCAUCAUUCCAUUUCUAUUAUUGAUUAUACUCUACAAAAUCAGGAAAUAUAUUAAUUUAGAGCAAACAAGAAAAAUAUGGGGUUAUCUUUUUAAUGAUUACAAAGAAAAUAGUUAUUAUUGGGAAAUAAUAAAAAUAUUUUAAAGAGAAUUGAUAAUGUUGUCAUUAAUAAUCAAUGAGGAAAGAGUAAUCUUGAAAAGUGUUAUCACUCUUCUUGUUCUGCUCCUAUAUUAUUUUAGUUUGCUUUAAUUUCAGCCCUAUAAUGUUAAAGCUUUGAAUAGGUUUGAGUAAGAAAGUAUAAUUUUGUGUGGCAUAAUCAUUAUUUUAAGUUCUUUAAAUUUUUAAACAAAGUUGACUGAAUCUUAAAUUAUUGAUUUUCUCCUUUAGAUUUUAUAAAUUAUUUUUUCUCUUUAUUUUAUCUACUCUAUAAUCUACAAAGUUAUUCUAGUUUAUUACACUAAAUAUGAUGAAAGAUUAGAUUCAUUUAGAAGAAAAAUUUUCUAGAGAUUUCCAAAGAUAAGAUAAAUGUUUCCUUCUUUAAGAAAGCUUCUGGUCAUAAGAAGCGAAAGAAGGAAGAUUGUUCUUUUUAGAUUUUAAAUAAUUAAAAAAACAUUUUUUAAAUAGAAGAUAAACCUAAAAUCUCAAUAAAUAAUCCAUAGACAUAAACACUCUAUAGCAAGUCCAUUAACAGCAGAUUUUGGAGAAUAAACUUUCAUAUUGAAAUAGCCAUCAAUUCUGUAUUGA